UUAAGGUUGCUCGCAUCUCCCGGCAAUUCAAGCAGUUUUCGAGCAGAUUACGAGCGGUUGAAAAUUUCACUUUCAAUUUUCCGGAGAAGGUUUUUUUGCCCGGUUACACAAUACCUGUUCGCGAUCUUCUAGCAUCAUGGGCCGUAAAUUCUGCGUCGGAGGAAACUGGAAAAUGAACGGCGAUAAGGCCAGUAUCGCCGAGCUGUGCAAGACACUUUCCGCGGGUCCCCUCGAUCCCAACACCGAGGUGGUCGUCGGAUGCCCGGCCCCCUACCUGUCGCUGGCCCGUUCUUCACUUCCGGAAUCGAUCGGAGUGGCGGCCCAGAACUGCUACAAAGUGGCCAAGGGUGCCUUCACCGGUGAGAUCUCGCCGGCGAUGCUGAAGGAUUUGGGUCUCGGUUGGGUUAUCCUGGGACACUCGGAACGACGUGCCAUCUUCGGCGAGACCGACGAGCUGAUUGCCGAGAAGGUGGCCCAUGCCCUGGCCGAAGGACUGAAAGUAAUCGCCUGCAUCGGUGAGACGCUCCAGGAGCGUGAAGCCGGCCAGACCGAAGCCGUGUGCUUCCGCCAGACGAAGGCCAUUGCUGCGCAGGUGAAAGACUGGACCAACGUGGUCAUCGCGUACGAACCCGUGUGGGCCAUCGGAACGGGCAAGACCGCUACCCCCGAGCAGGCACAGGAGGUGCACGCUGCCCUGCGCAAGUGGUUCACCGAGAACGUGUCCGCCGACGUCUCGAACGGCAUCCGCAUUCAGUACGGUGGCUCGGUAACGGCUGCCAACUGCCGCGAGCUCGCCGCCAAGCCCGACAUCGACGGAUUCCUUGUAGGAGGUGCCUCGCUGAAGCCUGAAUUCAUCCAAAUCGUCAAUGCCAGACAGUAAACCACCGGUACUGCAUCCGCUCUCGAUCGAGUCGUGUAGCAAUAGGUUCUCCCCGCAGAUGAUGUGUUACAAUGUCUCGUCAUUACUUUAAGUAUCCCGGAACUGCUGGUCGGCGAUGUGCAGAUUGUUAUGUUUAAGAUGCUAAAAUCAAGUCACACAAACUUCAAAUAAAAUUACCGGCAUCACGUCUCAAACGAUAA